AUGGCUCAAAUGGCUGUUUUACAAGACUCUGCUAAGCAAAACCCUUCCGGCAAAAUCGUGAAUGGAAGCGCAGUCCCCGUGUCUGAUGCGCUUGACAAAACCGACACAAUGUCGACGGACAGUGACGAUAUGGACAUUCAGCAAAAACUCCAAAACAUAGAGAACGUGAUAAGCUUGACUAGGGCCAACAUAGACGCUCUCAAUGCCAAGUUCGCCGACUACCAACAUCCUCCAGCCAUGUACCUGAAAGAGUACGACGAUUUGACUUCCAAGCUACAUGAGCUAGAAGCCGAAGAAAUGAGACUGAUGGAACAGCUUAGUAAUGGCAGAGAGAGCCCCGAGGACUUGAGCGAGCAGUACUACCCGGUGCUGUUCGAGGCCAAACCACAGUAUGACACUUUAACCAGGCCUAAGUUCUUGAGGGCUCAUCUGCCCAACCAACAACGAACCAGUGUGCAAGUAAGGGAGGGCAUGAGCCUACGGGAGGCCUUAGCAAAAGCAAUGAAACUGAGGAAUCUGGUGUGUGAAGUGUGCAGUGUUUAUCUGGGAGAUUCUACUAUCUUAGUGAAUUGGGAUGUUGAUAUUAGUACACUGAACUGUGAGGAGAUCACUGUGAAAAUAAUAGAUAAAUUUCCUAUUGCUACAAGCAUCUCACAUAACUUUGUUAGGAAGACAUAUUUUUCUUUGGCAUUUUGUGAGUGCUGCAGAAGGUUAUUGUUUCAGGGGUUUUAUUGUAGGACUUGUGGGUAUAAAUUUCAUCAAAGGUGUGCAGCAGGUGUUCCCUCUUUAUGCCAUCAAGUUCGUAUGGCAGAUGCCUAUUAUAGAGCUUUGCUAGCCAGACCACCAGAAUGUAGUGCUGGCAUACUUUAUGCUGGUCAAGCAGAGCUAGGGCCCCCUCAUAGACAGUCCAGACACCCUGGCACCCUUGGACAUCAUGAUAGAUCCAGUUCAGCUCCAAAUGUUUGUUUGAAUAGUGUCAAAGGAGCUGGAGAUGAGUGUCCCAGUUCUCUGUCAUUGAAUAGACCCAACGCGGACGGCGCCUGUUCCCCCCACUGCCGCAGCACCCAGGCCUCCCCCACGGGCUCCCUCCAACCGCGUCGCCCUCGGGCCCGAUCGGCGGACGAGAGCAAGCCCCUUUUGGCCCCCCGCGAGAGCAUCGAAGAUUGGGAGAUCCCCGCCGACGAGAUCCUGGUGGGAGGCAGGGUGGGAUCGGGCUCCUUCGGGACUGUCUACAAGGCCCAUUGGCACGGCCCGGUGGCCGUGAAGACACUCAAUGUCAAGAUACCGACGGUGGCGCAGUUGCAGGCUUUCAAAAAUGAGGUGGCCGUAUUAAGGAAAACGAGGCACGUGAACAUAUUACUGUUCAUGGGAUGCGUUAGUAAACCCAAAUUAGCCAUUGUGACGCAAUGGUGUGAAGGAUCUAGCUUGUAUAAGCAUCUACAUGUACACGAAAUCCGGUUUCAGUUGUUUACAUUAAUAGAAAUUGGUAGGCAAACGGCGCAAGGCAUGGACUACCUCCACGCAAAGAACAUCAUCCACCGCGACCUCAAGUCCAACAACAUCUUCCUGCACGAUGACCUCACGGUGAAAAUCGGCGACUUCGGCCUGGCCACGGCAAAGACGCGAUGGUCUGGAUCGCAGCAAUUCCACCAGCCCACCGGAUCGAUCCUUUGGAUGGCGCCGGAGGUCAUUCGGAUGCAAGAGGACCAGCCCUACAGCUUCCAGUCUGACGUGUACGCGUUCGGAAUCGUCCUGUUCGAGAUGCUCGCAGGCCAGUUGCCUUACUCGCAGGUCAACAACAAGGACCAGAUCCUGUUCAUGGUCGGCAGGGGCUUUCUCAAGCCCGACCUCGCCAAGCUGCGGUCGGACACCCCGAAGGCGCUGAGGCGACUCACCGAAGACUGCAUCAAGUACAACAGGGACGAGAGGCCCCUGUUCAGGCAAAUCCAUACCUCGCUGGAGGGCUUCCUGCGCAACCAUCCGAAGAUAAGCAGGUCCACUUCGGAGCCCAACAUGAACCGCACCCAUUUGCAAUCAGACGAUUUCAUCUACACGUGUUCGAGUCCCAAAACGCCCGUCAAUUUCGGACCAAGUAGCUUUCUCUUCUAUCCCACAGGGGCAGGAAAUAUUUAGAGGGGCUUGA